AUGAAGGAGGCGCGGGUUGUGAUCAUGGGCGGUGGAGGUGUGGGCAAGUCGGCCUUGACGGUGCAGUUCGUGCGCAACGUGUUCGUCAGCACGUACGACCCCACAAUCGAAGACACGUACCGAAAGCCGAUCAUCAUCGACGGGCAGCACUGCCUAGUCGAGAUCCUCGACACUGCCGGCACGGAGCAGUUCAUGGCGCUCAAGGAGCUGUACAUGAAGAGCGGACAGGGCUUCGUCCUUGUCUUCUCGCUCACACAUCUGGCGAGCGUGAACGAGCUCGGCCCGCUGCGCGAGCAGAUCGUGAGGAUAAAGAACGCGCGGGUCCCUCUCGUGCUCGUCGGCAACAAGUCCGACCUGCGUGCGGAGCGGCAAGUGCCGCGCGAGAUCGGCACGAACCUUUCGCGCGCCUGGGGCAAUGUGCCGUACUACGAGGCGUCUGCGCGCAAGCGCAUCAACGUCGACGAGGUGUUUGCCGACGUCGUGCGCCAGUGCCGUGCCUUUGAGGCGGCCAGCGGCGGGAGUAGCGGCAAGGACAAGAGCUCGCGCGACAAGAAGAAGUGCGUCGUCAUGUGA